AUGAAGUGGUCAACUAGCUCACUGCUAGCGGCGCUGUACGCCAAUAGCGCACUUGCUAUCACACCUGAGUUCUGCCCACAAAAUAGCAAAGUAUGUUUCACUUGGGGCGUCCCAGAAGCUUCAGCAAGCUCAGGAUCCGGAUCCAUCUACUUCCAGCUCAAGGCGCCAACAAGCAUGCAAUGGGCAGGUCUCGGUAUCGGUGAUUCAAUGUCUGGAUCCCAAAUGUUCCUCAUGUACCAGGACGGAAAGGGCAACGUCACUCUAAGUCCAAGGCCAGGCAAAGGCGAAGUUAUGCCUCAGUAUGAGAAGAUGGAUGGCCUCGAACUGCUUGAAGGUUCUGGAGUCAAGGACAACGAGAUGAUUGCCAAUGUUCGAUGCGGCAACUGCGAGAACUUGAAUCUCAAGGGUUCCAACAUCUGGAUUGCCGCUUGGAGGUCCGGCGACUCCCUGGAUUCGACUAGUCCUUCUCAACGCAUCCAACAGCACGAUGAACACGCUAGCUUUGACGUCGACCUCACCAAGGCCUCGAUAAAGUCAGAUACCAACCCAUUCACUUCCGCCCAAGCCAAUCAGCCUAGCUCUGGUGGUGCCGUGUCUGAGACAGCAUCAAGCGGUAAAUCAAGCAGGACGAUCCAGCUGGCCCACGGUAUCAUCAUGUCAAUCGUAUUCAUCGCCGGAUACCCCUUAGGCGCCAUCCUGAUGCCCAUGCUUGGCAAGUGGCUGAUCCAUGCCGGCUGGCAGGUCGUCAUGUUGCUCCUGAUGUGGGCUGGUUUUGGACUUGGAUAUGUCGCCGCCAAAGACAGUGGCUUGUGGGGAAAGCAAACACAUACUCGAAUGGGCACUGCUGUUAUUGCCUUGAUCACCCUUCAGCCCAUCCUUGGUUACAUGCACCAUCGAUACUUCCUCAGCCAUGGCAAGAGAGGCGUCAUUAGCCAUAUUCACAUCUGGUACGGCAGAGCACUCAUGCUCAUUGGUAUCGUCAACGGUGGUUUGGGUCUUCAGCUCGCAAACUCGUCCACUGCUUUCAUUGUUGUGUACUCAGUCAUUGCUGGUCUUGCUUCCGUGGCCUACCUCGGUUCUAUCUUUGUUGGUGAGAGGAGAAGAUCGGCUUCUCGUGUCAAGCAGAUGUCUCCUCAAAUGUCUCAGGAGGAGUCACGAUAA